AAUGUGGAACACUUUUCGAAAAGAGUAUAAUGUUUGCAAAUUGACAUCUGAUUUAUUUCUCGAAUUUUUGAUCAAUCAAACUGUUCUUAUGAAAAAAUGCUCCAAGAUUUAGAAAAAUCCAUUUCAGAGGAUUUACUUAUUCCUUUUUUUUGCAUUAGGGCAACCUCAAAUGUUGACGCCGUAUGUCUGGUUAGUACGUCUUGGCUGGACCACUUUCGCAAUCAAAAGUCACCUCAAUAUAAUGCCAAACAUUGGGUACAUUUGGACAAGUCACUUUGUUCUGAUUUGUUAGCUCCUACAACCACUUCAUUGCCUAAAAAUUUCAUAAAGGUUGCUGUUGAAAAGUUAAUUUUAACCGAUCUCAAUGUUGAAAGCCUAAUUGAUCGUGAAUUCAUACAAGAGCAUUCUAGCUUACUACAAACUCUCUCUCGAGAAAGUAUUGAUAGUUUACAUCUGAAAGCUCUAAAUUCAUACACCAAAGCUUUCCUGUUUGGUAAUUUUUCACCAAAGUUAUCUAAAGUUGAUAAACAACGUCAUAUUGUCUCAAGAUUGUUAACAAAACUUUUCAAAACACAAGAAUUAGAAGGUCUACUCAGAUGUGAAGGAAUCUACGAAAAGAAGAAUAAUUUAUACAUUGUCAGAGAAUAUAGAAAGCAUAAUCUGGUGGAUGCAUUUAAAUUUUCACCUAAUUUUUUAAGUGGAUAUAUGCCUUGCUUAUUUAUCAUUUACCAGCUAGUUCGAACAAUUCACUUUCUCCAUACAAUUGGCCUAUCGUUUGGAGAUGUGAGAUUAAAUGAUAUUUCGUGCGACUCUCGAUUUUGGAUUAAAGUUCGCCAGCCAAAAUUGAAUUGUAUUUAUAAAGAUAUUACAACAGUUAAAGUCCCAAAUCAAAAUGAGGAUAACCUUCAAAAGCUUUUAAACGAUAUGAAUAGAUGGCAAAAUGGAGAAUUAUCUAAUUUAGAGUACUUAUUGUUAUUAAAUGAAUUAGCGGGACGAAGGAGAAAUGAUCCAAAUUAUCAUCCAAUUGUUCCAUGGGUUACAAAUUUUAUGAAAAAAGAUGACAUAAGAGACUUAACAAUGUCCAAGUACAGAUUGAAUAAAGGCGACCCACAAUUAGACAUAACUUACAGUCAAGCUUUGGAAAGAGGCGAUCACAAUGCUCAUCACGUCUCUGAAGUACUUUCGGAUAUAACUUAUUACAUGUAUAAAGCAAGAAAUACGGAUAAAAGCAUUUUGUGCAAACAUGUGAGAGAAAAAUGGGUACCAGGAGAAUACCCUUCAACAAUGGCUCGAUUAUACAGUUGGACACCAGAUGAAUGCAUUCCAGAAUUUUUUGAAGAUUUAAACAUCCUUGUAUCCAUUCAUGAUGAUCUCCCCGACUUGAUAUUACCUGACUGGUGUAAAUCGCCACGGGAUUUUAUAAAUUGGCACAGAUCUGUAUUGGAAAGCGACGAAGUUUCUCUUCAACUCCAUAAUUGGAUUGAUAUAACUUUCGGAUAUAAGUUAACUGGAGAUGAUGCUGUGGUAGAAAAAAACGUAUGCCUUCAAUUCGUUGAUCAACAUACAGAUUUAAGAAAUUAUGGAGUUCUACAGCUUUUCCGAAAACCACAUCCUCAGAAAUUUCCUAAAAUAAAUACUGCAAUUUCGCUACAACCAGACUGGAAAAAUUUAGAACUACUUUACAGACUAGAAAAAAAGAAAAAAUUCUCUGAAUCUUUUAUGCCGAAUAAUAAUUCUCUUCCUAAUUCAAAAAACUAUCAAAAUGAGAAUAAUUAUAUAUCCUCCCUUCUCAGUAGAGACUUGCAGUGUUUAUCUUGUCUCAUUGUAGAAAUUUACUGCCCAAAUCAGUUCGUUCACUCCCCGUGCUUUUCCUUUAUCGAUAGAUUCAGAAUUGCCAGGAAAACUUGUCAAGAAUCGCUUAGGCCGUUCCCUCGAGUUCUUCAUCAGCUCUUAAAAGUGCUUUUGGUUUUGGAUCAAAAGGAUUUGGAUUUAAGAGAGGAAAAGUAUGGAAACCUUUUUCAAUAUUCAACCUAUUUUGACAAGAAAAUUAACACCAAUAUUAUUCUUUUAAACUACUCGUCAAUAUUUCCAAUAUCUCCUUUCAUUAAAGUAUUUUAUGAAGUUUUCAAGUUUGUUAAGAGUGUAGCCGAUAACGAAGAAAAAGUUAAGCAACAAAUAUUGAUACUUUCGAAUUUCUUUAUAAAAUAUCGCAAUGAAUUACGUGACGAAGCUCUAAAAAUGGCUAUUUCAUUAGCUCUUCCUUAUAUGAAUGAUGUGACAUGGAGUCCAAGUGCAGUUUGGGAGCUUUUUAAUUCAACAGCCUGCUGUAUGUCGAAACAGGAGAUGGAUAAGUAUCUAAUAAAUCCAAUAGAGAGAUUAUACGAAAGAUCAGUGACUUCUCCAAAGCAUAUGAAACUUUAUCACCGUGUUUUUAUUGUUCAAUUAAUUGUUAGAAUGGGUUUGGAGAAGUUUUUAAAUACCUUUGCUAAAUCUUUAGUGAAAGCAGUCACUGGUCAGAGAAAUUUCGGAGAAGAUCUAAAUACAAGUAGUGAAAGUCAAGAAAGCGAAGAAAAGAGCUCAAAACUCUAUGAAGACCAAGAUGUAUUUGAUGUUCAUAUGGAUGAAAAUAUAGAUUAUGAGGAAAAAGAUGAUCAAGCACAUAAUCAUAACUAUAAUGAAGAAAAAGAUGCAAAAUCCAAAUCGAACUCAAGUUUUUCAGGUAUAAAAUGCAACAUCAGUGAAGCGGCUUCCGAAACAAUGCAAUGGUUAUCUCAUCGUUUGGGUCCUGUUUUAACUUCUAAAUAUGUUUCUCGAAAUCUGCUGGGUAUGUUGGCUGGUUGUUACUACUCUCAUUUGAUUGAGAGUGCCACAGAUGAUGACAGCUCAUGCAGUGUUGGAAGAAGACUAAUAGGAGAUGUCGCUGCUUCAAGAGUCGCCAAUUGCUUAAUUGAUAUUGCUAUACUCUAUGGUGAACAAGUCAUUAUACUGCAAUAUUACUCAUAUUUUACCGAAAUCGUGAAAAUUUCUUCCGAAAAGUUGACUUUAAGAAAUCAAUCAGCUGUUAUUGCAUCGAUUACACUACUUCAACAUACUAUCCCUUACUUGUCUGAUUCAAUUUUAAUGGAAAAUCUAGAGUCCAUUGUUUUAAACGAAUUCUUGAUACCAUGCAUUGAGUUGGUAACGUCUGAAACUGUACGAUUUCCAAGCUCUUAUCGUGGGAGACAAGGUUUAGCAUAUCGUGUCGUCGAUGUCUUAUAUCUUAUUAGUAUGAGGAUAGGAUGUGAUUUAACGAGAAAAAAGUUGACAAAAGCUCUUACAUUGUUCUUUAAGGGUUUCUCUAAAGAUAGAUCAAGUCGUCGGCCACAAAAACGAAAGGAGCAUGUAAGAAGUUCAUCAGACGUGUCAGUUGCAUCCUGUCUCGAGAUGUUAAAUAAUCCCGUAGAGGAAGAAACUAUUGACAACUAUUCCGUGGAGGAGAGCUCCUUGGAAUUGGAGGACACAUUCAAUAAAGAGCUUGCAUUUUAUUCUUACAUACCUCUUAGCCGAUUGGCUGGAGAUAUACAUUUUAAAAAUAUUUUAACGAACAACGACUAUCUACGAAAUUUAUGCGCGGAGUUUGAAGAGCAAGAGAACUUGAAUCGAAUCACUCUCCCAGUGCCUGUUAAAGUAAAAGAAGGCUCCACUAUGGGCACUAAUGUUUCUGUUAUCGGUAACAAGAUUAGUGUUCAACACGCCGAAACUGGAUCUGACAUGAAUACUGCUAGGCAAAAUGAACAAAUGCUGUUGAAUAAUCAACGACAUUUAAAGGGAAAUUGGUUGGCAUACUGGGAAAAGGAAAUUGGCUUUCACGAAGAGAGUUCUAUAUAUUCCGAUUUCCAUCAGAUUAAAUUACAAACUUUUGAUGGCCAUAAAAACUACAUAAAAGAUUUAUGUAUUUUGGACAAUGAAAAUUCUUUACUAAGCGCAUCAAAGGAUAAAACCGUUAAAGUUUGGUCGGUUAGAAAUAUGGGUAACGGAAACUCACGAACGCUUCCUCAGUUUACGUACACAAGGCAUACGAAAUCAGUUUUUGCAGUGUCAUUUUCACCGUCAUCCUUAAGAGCGCUAAGUUGUGAUGGUGUUAUUCAUGAAUGGGACCCUUUUAUGGGAGUAAACAUACGCUCACUUACUGCUCAACAGAGUGUUACUGUCAUGAAAAGGUUUCCGGAGCCAUCAAGCUGUAUAAUGUCAGCAACAGCAGACGGAAAACUACGUCUUGUUGACCUCCGCACACCGAACGGGUUUACUUACCAACUUCGCAGCUCAUUGGCGUCUAAUACAUCUGUUAGAUGCUUAGACAUCAGUCCUAAUGGAAAAUCGGUAGCUGUUGGUCAAAGUAAUGGAUAUUUAUCAAUAUUCGACGUUCGAACAGGACUAGUCUCUGGAAUCUGGAAAGCACACGAUUCGGAAAUUUUAAAAGUUAAAUCGGUCCCACAUUUUACAGACCAAUCAAUCUUUGUAACGUCUUCAACUGAUAGUAAUGUCUAUUUAUGGAAGGCUGAAAGUUGUAAAGUUAUCGGUUCUCUAAAAUCUUUAACGGAACCAGUUCAUUGCAUCGAAUUUUUUAGAAAACAACUUGUCUGUUCAACAACCACAAAUAAGAUAGCUUUUCAGACUCAACCUUUGAAUUACAAGAAUAUAAUCAAUAGUUCAACUGUUAAAUUGCAACACGAUAUUAUAAAAGGGCAAUUAACGGCCUUUAAAGUUUUACCUUUAAACAGAAUGCUUUUAGUAGCAAACGAUCAUGGCUUGAUCACGCUGACCGUCAAGAGUUUACCAAAACAAAGCGGUGCUGUACAGUUUCAGCGCGAAAAAGGACGUUUCCCAGUGAGCCAAAAUCGAUCAUUGACUUUAAAUAUUCCUGGAACUCACCCAAUGGGAUUCGAGAUAACACGAUUCACUGGAAAAGUAGAUGAGGAAUUAAUUUGUACAAUUUGUGGAGGUGUCCUGCAAGACCCAGUUGCAGCAGGUCCGUGUGAACAUGUUUUUUGUAAAUCCUGUAUAACACAAUGGCUCUCACGGCAAUGCUCAUGCCCAGUGGACAGAGGAGGUUUAACCACGCAGCAACUCCAAACUGUACCCCGAAUUGUUAGAAAUAUGCUUGCUAGACUAGAGAUACGCUGUGAAAAUGCCCUACAUGGUUGUACUUCUAUUGUAAAACUAGACAUGUUAGAAGGACACAUAAUCGAAUGUGAAUUUAAUCCUCGAAAGCCUGUAUUAUGUGAUAAAUGCGACAUUGAGAUUCCAAAAGACCAACUACCAACCCAUAGCUGCAUUAGAGAACUAAAGAAACUAUUCAUGAACCAGAUCGAAGUGUAUCAGAAGAGAGUUGAAAAAGCAGAAGCCGAAGUAGAACAAUUAAAAAGAGAACUGAGAUCUCGAUGGAAUAUGAGAUUGGCUGGUGGAGAAACGGAUGAAUUAUCGCGAUGGGCAUCAGAUAUGGAACUUGCUAGAGUGACUAGAUGGGGAGGUAUGAUCUCAACACCAGAUGCAGUUUUACAAGCUGUUAUAAAAAGAGCUUUGAUAGACGCCGGUUGUCCGCAAAGUGCUGUUGGCGAAUUAAUGGAUAAUGCUCACGAAAGACGUUGGCCCCCAGGCUUAUCUACGUUAGAAACCAGACAAUUAAACAGGCGACAUUACGAACGUUACGUGACAAGAAGGGUUCCAGGGAAACAAGCUGUUUUAGUCUUACCUUCGGAUAAUCAGCAUAUGCCUGAUGAUCUUUUGCUCUCCUCUGGCUUAGUAAUGAUAUUUGCACAUGCUAUUUUAUUUGAAAUUUUCCUAAUAAGUUAUUGUAAAGAACCAAUUUAUGGAAAAAACUUUUUUAAGGAUGCUAUGAAUAAUGACGAAAACGCAACUAAUCCCAGUCUUAAACAUACGAAAUAUCCAUGUACAACAAAAGUUACCGACCCACGUGAGCAAGGAGUAGAACAAGAGAGUUUGUUUUAUAAAAUUGAGAAAGAAGAUGUUGACAAAUUCUUGGAAAAGAGUUUACCAUUUGAUUAUCAGCGUUUAGCCUCAGCUUUUAAUGAGCACUGUUUAAUGAUUAGAAAGCCAGCAUUAAAAGUUAUUGACUGCUUGAAGAAAACGGAUUUCUCAGCACCAACGAUACGAUAUCUUUUAUACGGAAAGGAAGGAACGGGUAAGACAACGUCAAUGGCUCAUAUCUUACACUAUGCCUCAAAGGAAGAUUUUCUAAUAAUUCAUGUCCCUUGGGCCGGCUUCUGGUCGAAGCAUUUUAAGGAGUGGACACCGUCUACUUGGAAUGAAGAUCGAAUUGACAUGUCUGUUGAAGCUCUAGAGUGGCUGGUUCAUUUCCACAAAAUGAAUAGUCAUUUACUUGUGGAUAGUUUGACUAUUGAGGGCAACUAUACCUGGAGCAAAAGAGAAAAAACUGAAAGCGGAAGCUCUUUGGGACAACUAAUAAAUUUAGCAGUUGACAGAACAAAAUAUUCGUGUGACAUCGUUGGAGUGCUAUUGAAAGAAAUCAAACUACUAGCCAGUAAUAAUAAGUUGAAGGUUUUGGUUGCAAUUGAUGGUGUUAAUUCCUUUUGGCAUAAAACAAGAAUUAGCCUACCAUACGGUAAUGUAGUGCCCGCCAGUAGGCUAUCAUUAGUACAUAACUUUAAAAAACUAUUAAAGAAUGACUGGAGCGGUGGAUCUGUCGUCUGUACUGUAGACCCUAUGUCUAAUCCUAGAAAUAUGAGAUCAUCUUAUCUACCUGCAUAUUUAUUAACAAAAGAGGGUUUUCAUUAUAUGGAACCAUUUAUACCAAUAAAAACAACAGAGUACAAUAAUAAGGAAAUGCAAAGUUGUCUAGACUAUUAUUUUUCAAACAAUUGGAUACAAGUUGAAAAUGCUGAUAGCGAAGAAGGCAGAAGUGAAUUAACCUUUUUAAGUCAGAAAAAUCCAAGAGAAUUAGUUAAUGUUUUGCGUGGAUGGUAA